AUUGGGUCAAUACCAGACGUCACGUCAGUCUCGAAGAUGAGUGGUUAUCGUUGCUCCGGCAAUGGACGGCGGAUUAGCGGUUAUCGACGUGGUCAUUUCUGAGACUCGUUUGCUGCUCAAACUCGGAGGCUACGAUCAGCCUUUACUCUGAUCCAUCGUCCAACAUUCGGGUUUACUUAAAUUCUCUUUUGCGAAUCCGGCUGUGAACAGCCAUGGAUACGAUAUCGAGCUUACCAAAUCUUCCUCCUGUUAUCGGUUCCAUGAGCUUUUCACGAAGCAACAGAAGGUCCAACAACUUAUAUCACAGAAGUCGCCACCAGUUCAGCAGUAGAAGGAAUCGUGUCUCUGCAGUUGUUGAAGUUUCCACCAUUACUUCAGAUCCAUUUACGCCACAGAUCACUUGGCAAAUUGUCGUUGGCACCAUCGCUGGAGUUACACCGUUUGUAGUUGCAGGGAUCGAAUUUAGCAAACGAAUUGUGGCUCAGAAGAAAUGUUUUGAGUGUGGAGGUUCAGGGCUAGUUUUGAUCGAAAAGGAGUAUAUUCGCUGUCCUAAUUGUGGAGGAUUUCUGCCAUGGCAAUCCUGGAAAAGAUUCUUUUCUGGCGGAUCCAUUCAUAGGCGGAUCCAUCCAUCCUUUACAACUAGACAAGUCACAAGUGUUCUUGAAUGAUGUAGGGCAUACACAAUGUUUUAAUAUACACAAUUGCACCUCACAAUCCAAAUAUCUCAUCCUUCCUCUGACAUCGGGUCCAAAAAAGAUGAUUGACAUCUCGUCAUGUUAGAAUUUUUUCUUGUUUAACUUUAAUCUUUUCUUAUUUUAAAGCGUUUUUUUAAAUCCAAAGCUUUCUUAUAGCGUUCA